AUGGGACGUGCAGAACUUUUUGAUCCCGAUUUGGUCACUCCAAUGGAAUUUAUUGCGGCAUUCUGGGUGAUUGGGGAAAUUCUUUUGAUGGAACCAGAAAGUCAAGUUAAUGGAUUCGUUGGAGUUGUAGACUGCAAAGGAUUUUCCUAUCGACAUUCCAAGAAAAUCUCCCUCACUUUGAUAAAACUCGGAAUACGUCUGGCCAAAAAUGUUGUUCCAGCCAUGCCGAAGAGAUUGCACUUGAUUAAUCAAAAUCACUUCACGACUGUCCUGUACAAAAUCAUAAAACCUUUUCUUCCUCGAGAAUAUGCCGAAAUGAUUCAUUUUCACGGAGAUAAUCUCGAGGAACUCCAUGAAUUUGUGCCAAGAGAAUGCCUUCUCGAAUGUUUUGGGGGCACUAUAAGGGAUCCUCAAAUAACUGAAGAACAAUACAGAGACCUAAUGCUGAAAUUUGAUGCUGAAUAUAAAGCAUUAAAUGACCUUGGGUAUAGGACAAACCUCACUUCUAGGAAAACUUAA